AUGGGGACACGGGCCAGGCAGUUAGGUGGUGACCCGUCCUGGCUGUGGGUGCGGGCGGCCGAGUCCCUCACCCCCUUCGUGUUUGGUCCACACCCGUAUUCCCCCACCUGCUCGGCGGCCUGGCCAGAGGGCGGGAUAUGGGAUCAUCCUGGCGGGUCAGACCCAGACAUGGGGGCUGAGGUCACAGAGCCGGGUCAGCCCCAGGCCAGCGUCCAUCCCCAGGAGGACGCUCGGCUGCGCCCUGGGCUGGCCGGCCGCGGGCCUGCUUCCUUCUGGGACCCCGACACGUGGAACAGCCUGGGGAUCCUGCCAGCCUGGGCAAGAGACUCCCACCUGCUGAGUCUCCCCGGUGGGGAGCCAGGCCCUGGGAGACAUGGCAGCCCCACCCCGAUGUGCCGCCCCGCGGGCGGGUCCACCCCGCUGUGCCCACUGUCCACCCCGCUGUGCCGCCCCGUGGGCGGGUCCACCCCGCUGUGCUGCCCCGUGGGCGGGUCCACCCUGCUGUGCCCACUGUCCACCCCGCUGUGGCUCCCUGUGGGCGGGUCCACCCCGCUGUGCCCACUGUCCACCCCGCUGUGCCGCCCCGUGGGCGGGUCCACCCCGCUGUGCCCACUGUCCACCCCGCUGUGGCUCCCUGUGGGCGGGUCCACCCCGCUGUGCCCACUGUCCACCCCGCUGUGCCGCCCCGUGGCGACCCCCGAGGCCCUGAGGGGGCGCCCUGGCAGCUCGCUGCGGCUCCUGCCGCCUCCCUCCCUUGGCGCCCAGGUCACGGCCACAGCACGUUCCGGCUGCUUCCCGGGGGCUGCCUGGGACCUAGCGGAGCUCUGGCCGCAGCAGGAGGCGCCUCCCGGCCUCAUCUGCCUGAGCGGCGCUCCGACGAUGCACUCUGGGGCUGCAUCCUCAGCGCUGACCCGUCGUGACUGCCCGGGGGUCUGUGCGGACGAGGCCGCUCCUCCGGCGUCUUCGGGAACGGCUCUGCGAAACCCCGUUUCUCGAGACAUCGCCUUCUCCGCCCAGAGGGCGCUGAGACCGGUCUCUGGAGCAAGGCUGAGCCCGGGAGCCCGAGGGCUGCACGUCGCUGGCCCACCGGGCCUGGUGACAGCGGACAAAGCAGCACAGAGACAGGCGUCCCCACCCACUCCCACCAUCAGGUGCACCCAGAAGGAGAGCCCCCCGCUUGGGAGCCGCCUGCUGCCUGGAACAGAGGGCCCCGACCCCGGGCUGCCCCUCCCCGACCCCCAGAACCCCUGGGCCAUAGCCCCCGCGCCGCGCCCUCCCAGGGGCCGGCUCUCCACCGCAGUGCCCGCGGCAGCCCUGGGCUGUGCAUCAGGCACGGUGCUGGCUCCAGUAGAUGGCCCCGCGUGCUUGAAGCACUUGAAAAAACUGCAGAUUCCUAGGAACAGCCGCGGAGAAACCGCGGAGAAACUCGAGAUCAGCCACGGAGGGGGUAUUGGGAAACGGCCCCAGGCCUCCCUGCUGCUGCCCGGGGGCCACGCCAGGGGCUCCCGUCCCUCCGGCCACCCGUCCACCGCACUGCCCGGCUCAGCCCCGGCCGCCCCCGGGCCCCCCGGCCCCCCGGCCCCCCGGCCCACGCUCGUCCCGCGGCCGCGCUCUCCCUUCCUGCCCGCGGCAAGUGGGCGGCUGUCCGCUGCCUCCGACAGUCCCGGCCCGGACUCCGACACCGCCGAGACCCGGCUGCGAGGCGCGGCACCCCCGCCCGCCCCGCCUGGCACGCCUCUGCUCGCCCGUCCUGUGCCCCCGCGACCCCGUCGGGAUCCGCCCCCAGGCCCGCAGUCACGGUUGCCUGACGUCGGUCCCCGCAGGGCGGCCGGUGCCCCGCUGCCCCCCGCGCCCGGCGCCGGCCCAGGCGGGGCGCUCGGCGGUCCGCAGGGCGGGGGGCGGGGGGCGGGCGAAGGACUGCGCUCAGGCUGCGCGCCUUCCGGGGCCGGAGCGUCGGGCCGCGCGGACCCGCCCCCGCGGAGCGCCCCCCGCCCCCAAGCGCGCGUCCGCAGGUGGGGGAAGCGCGCGGGGGGCGAUUCGCCUCCGCACCAGUGUGGCCCUGCCGCCGGCCCGUAG